AUGGCGCCCUCUCCCUCGCCGUACAUCUGCUUUAAUUGCAGAUUAACGCCCCAAAAUGCAUUGACCCGACUUCAGCGACGCACCUUCUCCACCACCCGGCGCCACCAGCAGAUUCUCCGUCCUGCGACUGCGCCAAAGCCCACGCCGGACGUGAAGCAUAUCCGCAACAAUGUCGAGCUCUACGCCCGGAAUUGCAUAGACAGGAACUACGCCGGCCAUGCGGAACCUGAAGUCGCCGCGCUCACGGAUAAAGCAGCUGGAAAAAAGAUCGCCGAGCUGGCCAUCGCGGCGAAACAAACCCCCGCCAACGGGACACAGAGCAGGGAGAAAGGGUUGGAGUCAGAGGGAGAACUGGAAAGCCUCAAGUCCGAGGCGCAGCGCUUGAAGGACGACUCGCACGCCAUGACCAUCCGCAAGUCCAAUUGUACCGAUGAGAUCCACCAACUCGCCCUGUCCCUCCCGAAUCUGUCAUCCGCCGAGACCCCCGUCGGCGACGUCCCCCGUCUCGUCAACUACCUCAACUUUGACCCCCAAGCACCACCCGCCUGGACGCGUCAGUCACCCGCCGAGCUCCAGGCUCGGUCGCACGUCGCCAUCGGCACCGAGCUCGGCCUCCUCGACUUCACAAGCUCGGCAACCACGACCGGAUGGGGGUGGUACUUCCUCGUCAACGAAGGCGCCAUGCUCGAGCAAGCGCUGGUCCAGUACGCGCUGGGCGUGGCACGCCGCCGCGGCUGGAAGAUGGUCGCCCCGCCAUCCAUCGUCUACUCCUACAUCGCCGAGGCAUGCGGCUUCCAGCCGCGUGACCAGCACAACGAGCAGCAGAUCUGGUCGAUCGAGCAGAACGAGCGCGACCGCGACACCAAGCCGCCGCGCUCGCUAACGGCCACCGCGGAAAUCCCCCUCGCGGCCAUGUACGCGGGCCGCGAGAUCCGUGCCGCAGAGCUCCCCAUUAAACUGGUGGGUGCGAGCCGGUGCUAUCGUGCGGAAGCCGGCUCGCGCGGUGUAGACACGAAGGGGCUGUACCGCGUACACGAGUUCACCAAGGUCGAGCUGUUCGGCUGGGCGGAUAUUCUCGACGCCGCAACCGGCCAGCCGACCUCGGACACGCUCUUUACCGAGCUGCUCGACAUUCAAACGGAGAUCCUGACGGCCCUCGGGCUCCCCUGCCGUGUACUGGAGAUGCCGACCGGCGAUCUGGGCGCUAGCGCAACCCGCAAGCGCGACAUCGAGGCGCUCUUCCCCUCGAGAUACCGCCCUGCGGCUGCCGCCUCGAGCGCUGUCGACCCAGCGGUGUCAGAGCUUGAAUCUGCCUGGGGCGAGGUCACCUCUGCCUCCAUCUGUACCGACUACCAGAGCCGGCGACUAGCGACCCGUGUCCGCGGCAGUGUGCCGAAGGAGUCGCGGUUCCCGCAUACCGUCAAUGGAACUGCUAUGGCUGUUCCACGGGUGCUAGCCGCUAUUCUGGAGCAUGGGUGGGAUGCGGAGCGUGGUGUGGUAGUUGUGCCGGAGGUCCUGCGGCCCUGGAUGGAUGGCAUGGAGAUCAUUGGCCGGCGGGACUAG